CCACAGUAGUCAAAAACUGUAGGCAUGUAUAGUUAAGAAGCUGCGUAGAGUAACGCAAAAUACUUCACAUAUGUAUGUGUGUAAAUAAUUAGCCUAUACGUAGUUGCGCAUGUAGGAUUUUUCUUCGUAAAAUGGGAGAGUAAAAGACAUUAUCGCUUGAUUGAAUGUGGCCUCGAUUGUUCACCGUGUAUGUAUAUCAUAGAUUCUAUAGAAAAUAAAGAAAUAGUGUAGAUGCUGUAUGAAUGGCAGACCCUCCCCUCGUCCCCUAUGUGGCAGCCCACCAUAAACUCAGAUAAAGCCUCAGUGCUGGUUUCAAGCGUUGUGAGGCGAGCGAGCGUGCGUGCAACGCCUCUUUACAACUCCACCAACAACCAAUGAGAGCGCAGAACGGCAUUAGGGGAGAAAAGUCCACCGAACGGAAUAUCAUUUAACAGUACAACGAGUACAGUUAGCUUUUUGCACGGAAUCCCUGCAAUGUUUUACCCUCUCUCUCUCUCUCUCCAUCUUUAUCUGUCCCCACCCCAGUCAUCCCUGUGUCAUUUCCCCCAAUCCGACACUUAAUUGAGGAACCGGGACACCUCACGUGCAGGACUGAUUUGUAGUUUGAACACGUGGCUCAUUGAAAAAGGCAGAAGAACUUAGCGUUUUUUUGUUUCCCGUUCCCUCGAUGUUAUUAAGAGGCGGUGCCUACACAAACGCGUGUGACAAUUUAGUCGCAUCGCCAAAGAAUAAAGAAACUUUCUCUAUCUUCCCGGCCCUUGCCUCGCAGAGGUGACGGAAUAAAUAAUUCAGCGCGUUUAAAUCAAGAGGAAACGCGAGUGCGCGCAAGCACGGCGGCGAUCUCGUCCAUCAAAUAUCUCAGUAGCUUGGAGUGAUUGGGAGAACACUCCCAAACCCUCCGCUGAGCGACAGAGCGGUUCUCUCACUCCCUCUCUCUCUCUCCAAACACUGCCCAUCUGAGCGACGCGAUAAAGGGCUGCCCUCUACAACACGGUCGCUCUUUUCCGUAUACAACAAAAUGAAUAAGCUCUACAUCGGGAACGUGAGCGAGCAGGCGAGCGCGCUGGACUUGGAAAGUAUCUUUGAGCAGUGGAAGAUACCUUUCAGUGCACCCUUUCUCGUAAAAAGUGGCUAUGCGUUUGUGGAUUGCCCCGACGAAAAGGUAGCGAUGAGGGCCAUUGACACUCUUUCAGGGAAAGUAGAACUCCACGGAAAAGUCUUAGAAGUGGAGCACUCUGUCCCUAAGCGACAAAGGAGCUGCAACCUGCAGAUCAGGAAUAUCCCACCUCACAUGCAGUGGGAAGUUUUGGAAGGGAUGUUGGCACAGUACGGCACAGUGGAGAGCUGUGAACAAGUCAACACUGACACAGAGACUGCUGUUGUCAACGUGCGAUACGCUGCCAAGGACCAAGCCAGAGAAGCAUUGGAUAAAUUAAAUGGCUUCCUUAUGGAGAACUACGCACUAAAGGUUUCCUAUAUCCCAGAUGAGACUGCUGCAGCAGAUGCCCCUGCCGUGGGUGGCAGGAGAGGUUUCAACCCACGUGGCCCGCCUCGCCAAGGCUCUCCCAGUCUUGGCGCAAGACCUAAACUACAGUCAGACGUGCCUCUACGCAUGUUGGUGCCCACCCAGUUUGUAGGAGCUAUUAUUGGCAAGGAAGGUGCUACCAUCCGCAACAUAACCAAGCAGACUCACUCAAAGAUUGAUAUCCAUCGUAAGGAGAACGCAGGAGCAGCGGAGAAGCCCAUUACUGUUCACUCCACACCAGAGGGCUGCAGUUCUGCCUGUCGAAAUAUCAUGGAGAUCAUGCAGAAAGAGGCAGUCGACACUAAGAUGUGCGCUGAUACACAAACACUCACUGAAGAAAUCCCUCUGAAGAUUCUGGCUCAUAAUAACUUUGUCGGCCGUCUGAUUGGAAAAGAGGGACGCAACUUAAAGAAAAUCGAACAAGAUACUGACACGAAGAUCACAAUCUCGCCUCUGCAGGAUCUGACAUUGUAUAACCCAGAACGCACCAUCACCGUCAAGGGUACAUUAGAAGCUUGUGGAAAAGCAGAAGAAGAAAUAAUGAAGAAAAUCCGUGAGUCCUACGAGAAUGACGUAGCUGCCAUGCAUCUACAAUCUAACCUGAUUCCAGGGCUCAAUCUGAAUGCGUUGGGUCUUUUUCCCGGUGCAGCGAGUGGAGGGAUGUCACCCUCUGUGGUAUCAGGACCUCCAGCUGGGGCUCAAGCUGGAUAUCAAUCAUUUGGGCAGCCACAGGUGGAAUCGGAAACUGUGCACCUCUUCAUUCCUGCUCUGGCAGUUGGUGCUAUUAUCGGCAAGCAGGGCCAGCACAUUAAACAGCUCAGCCGCUUUGCUGGUGCAUCAAUCAAGAUUGCACCUGCUGAUGGAAUUGACGCAAAGCAAAGAAUGGUCAUUAUAACUGGACCACCAGAGGCACAGUUCAAGGCUCAGGGACGUAUAUUUGGGAAGUUAAAAGAGGAGAACUUCUUUGGACCGAAGGAAGAGGUUAAAUUAGAGGCUCACAUAAAAGUGCCCUCAUUCGCCGCUGGCAGAGUCAUUGGCAAGGGAGGCAAAACGGUGAAUGAACUACAGAACUUGACCAGUGCUGAGGUGGUUGUCCCGCGGGACCAGACACCCGAUGAAAAUGACCAAGUAGUAGUAAAAAUCACAGGCCACUUCUAUGCAAGCCAGCUGGCCCAGAGGAAGAUCCAGGAGAUUAUCUCUCAGGUGAGGCGGCAGCAGCAGCCCAAGGCCUCGGCCACAGGUCCACCAGUCGCCCGGAGGAAAUAGAGCCACUGCGUCUUCUCGGAGACUGAUAAGGACACGGGACACGUCCAUCUCAGGGGUCAGGGAAUGUCCUUACAACCCUGCCCGCUUUUACACCCAUUCCCUCCUGAAGUUUCAGUGAGAUUGUGUACACCUGCACUUUCCCCUCACCACAAAUCCCCACCUUAAAACAAAUCAUAAAGUCAGCCACCCAGUCCUUGCCUUAAUAUGGUAAAUGCACAGACCUUAAUUGAGAGAUGUUAAACUUUGUUUUGGUUGUGAGUUUAUUGGGAAAUGCAGCAUUUGAGUGUAAAAGGCUUUUCAAGCCUGUUUUUAGGGUAAGGAAUGGGUGACACCGGGUGGGGUUGAAAGGUCUUUGGUUUGAGAUGGAAAGAGGAAUUUUGAUGGAAGUACGCUGUCCUGGGAUCCAUAGUGGCAUUUUAUAAAUUCUGAUGCAUUUUAUAGAUGAAUAGAUAUAUAUACAUAUAUAAAAUUAUGAAAGGUGGAGCAGCACUGCCACUUAUGACUGAGGGAAGUGUUGAUUGGUGUUGGCCAGGAAACCAAGUUAAUAUGCAUUUUACUGAUCUACCUCAGGCUAGAGUACCUCAGAAAAAAAGAAAAGAAAAUGAUAUAUGAAAAAUUAAGUUCUUUUUUUUAUUAUUUUGCUUUGUGGUAUUUUGUAUACUUUAUAAAGCUAAUAGUUCUUGAACAUUUUUAUUUUUUUAAGAAAAUGUAAAAUUUAGUCUGUAGUUAACGGAUGAUGCUCGAAUUCCGCCUCGCUCCUUUUGCCGCGCGCCAUGAAUAACUAACUGUGUAUAUACACACGUUUGCGCGCGUCGCACGAGUGAAAGAGCGGAGUUUGGGCUUCUGUGUUAGCUACAGAUAGGAGAAAGAAAAGAAAAGCGCCUCAGUGUCGCUGAGGAGCCACCACCCUCUGAACACCGUCAAUGUAAUGAGAAAUAACGCCACCAGUACUUACCGCAGCAAUGCCACGCUAAUAUCCUAAUAACUGUCUCGGCGGUAGCAGACGUUUCACUCGCAUUUCAUUACACUUCAGUCAGGGUUGGAUGCAAGCAAUAGAGGUCAGGGAGAAGCAAGGUCCUGCUGUAACCUCUUUGACACCCCCCUCAUCCUCGGCGCGAUUAGUUGUCUAUCAAAUUAAAAUAAGGACCAGCCCGAUUGAGGUGUUUUUUCUUUCCCCGUUCUCAUCGUUUUUUCCCAUUUCCUUUUCCCAAAUAACGCGCUCCGUUUGGUCUUGGAACGGGCUUUAUUUUAUUUAAUUUUUUUGCAUCAAACUUGGCUUUACAUCCCGAAGAUUUUCAGUGUUUAACGUAAGUCAAUGCAUGUUAGGGGUUCGGGGAGUUACACUGUUCUGAUGCUUUUGCGUUUAUAGCUAGGUUACAAUAGUCGGGCGCGCGUCUCUAGGCUAACGCGCGAACGGUUUCACUUAUAUCUUUCGUUUAUCAUUCGAAGUGAAAAAAGCAAAAAAUAUAUAUUAAAUGAACUUUAGCAAAAAAAAAAACGUUUAGUAAAGAAACUGAGAAACCAAUAUUCCUUUUGUUUUCAUGCAGAAUGUAAAUAUGAUUUGAUUGUGGUAAAAGAGUGCAUCCACGCUUCCACACUAGUAAGGCCAUUGUCUACCUCAGCUGAGGAAAGGGUGGGCUCCAUCUCACCUGAGACCUCCAGCGCGCGCAGCGAUACCUCAAGUCCCUCGCGAACACUUCCGCACUGGGUACGCGCGUGGCGCAGAGCGCUGACCAGAGGGGCACAAGUGAUCGUUUUGUUUUUCUUUCCACCCUUCUCUUACACAGUUUUUGAUCUACCUCUUAUUAGAAAAGUAUUUAAAUUAGAGGCAUAUUGCUAUGUGUUAGAAUCUAUAGGGUCAUGUUCCAUCUGCCCCUUUCCUCAGAAAAAUAAAUAUAUCAUUUAAAAAAUUUAAGAAAAAAAAAUCCUGUAUGGCUAGACUUUAAAGAUGAGUGAGAAAAUGAUUUCGAUUUUGCCUGCAAUUUAUUCUCUGCUAACUGAUUUGAAACCUCACCUUAUUGCUUUUUCUUCUGCUUCUUGGUUUGGUGGUGUGGCCUCCUUGUAUUGGGCUUUAUUUCUUGCAUAAGUAUUGUAUUAAAAGUCAAAGUGUUUAUUUGGGAUCUGAUUAAUGAUGGCUAUAGAAAAGUUAGUUUUCAAGGGCCUGCUUCAUUUCUUGCUUAUGAAAUAUGAACAAUGAAGUCUUUUUUACUCUUUUCAUGUCUUAUGAAUGCUACAGUUUUUUGGUUGUUUUUUUUUUUUUCCAGAAUUUAUUUUAUUGACUUGGAUCUUAUCCAAUUUCAUUUCAUGGCUGUGUUGUGUGGUGAGUCAUGUUUCAGUGGGAAUGUGAUGUGGAAAUCCGGGAGCUGGAAUAGUUCUGGAGAAAAAUUGGUCAGAUUUCAGCAUAAGCAACAUCCCCUCCGACCGUGCUUGUGUGCCCUCACACACCUCCACUUGUCAAAUGCCUCUGAUACAAAGAAAAUAAUUAAAAGUCAAGUUGGCUCCUA